UUUCCGGGGAAAUCAAAACACUAGUUUACUUCGGCCGAUCGUACAUAUACUGAUGGAUGUGUUAAUGCUUUAUAUAGUUAAAGCGUGUUUAGGUUUGCAUCGAUUACAUAAUUAUGACGUGUAAGCGUUCGAAAGUGACGUUUCAAAGACGGGAGAACAGUUCUGUUAGGUUCCACUGCUGUGUCCCGCAAUGUACAGCAUCUUCCAAGUUCAACUCCGUCCUCAGUUUCCACGCGUUUCCUAAAGACAAAGAUGUACAGAAGAAGUGGGUGGUUAAUAUUCGACGGGACAAUUUUAAAGUUACUCAAAAGAAAAGGGUGUGUAGCCGACAUUUCCGAUGCAGCGACCUCAUCGAGCCUCUAAAUUUAGGCGGACGCAGACGUUUGGAGAAAGAAGCCAUCCCGGUGCUUUUUCACUGGAACAACUUUACCGUUCCAGCCGAACAGCCUGGAGUUUUGAAAGGGAUAAAAACAGACCAACUGCAUGAUGAUGACCCCUCUAUGGAUGCGAUUGCUGACCAUUAUCACCAUGAUUACAUCCACACAUCUGCUGCUCGGGACCACACUGAGGAUCUACUUGUGGAAAUUGCCAGUCUCCAAAAACAGAUUGAGGAGAUUUCCCUGAGCAGCAGGUUUUGUUUGGAGAGGUUCGCCGCAUCCGAUGAUGACAUUAGGUUUUACACAAGGUUUGCGACUCAUGCCCACCUCAUGGCCUUUUGGAGGUUGGUAGAGCCAGCAGCUGGCAAGGUUGUGACAAUGAGCAGAGCACAGGCUGCAGCCAACACAGAUGAUCUCUUUGACACUGCCGGUGCAAUGUCUCUUCAACCCAUUGAUGAGUUUUUCCUGUUCAUGACAUAUCUGUCAUUGGGCCUGAUGCAGAGGGAUUUGGCCCACAGAUUCAGAAUCCACCAAUCCGCUGUAAGCCGCAUCAUCAACACAUGGGCUAAAUUUCUGGAUAUGGUACUCAGAGCUGUGGAAAUCUGGCUGGACAAGAAGACAGUCAAAGCUCACAUGCCGGAGGUUUUUCAGCAUUACUCUGAUACCCAGGUGAUUUUGUACUGUGCUGAACUGCGUUGCCAGAUACCAAACCCUUAUCAGAGUGAUGCAUUCUCUACCUACAAACCUCAGUGGACUUUCAAAGGGUUGAUUGGGAUGGCUCCUCACGGUGCUGUAACAUUCGUUUCAUCCCUUUACAAGGGCACCAUCAGCGAUCGAGAGAUUCUAAAGCACUCAGGUAUCGAGGCUUUUGUGAAACCAAAAAUGGCAAUAAUGGUAGAUGAAGGUUUCCUGGUUGAAAACUGUGUGUCCUGCAAAGUCCACAUACCUAGCGUCCUGUCAAAGAGAGCCCAAUUAUCUGGGUCAGAGAUCUGGAAAAUGCAGUCUCUUGCAAGACUGAGACGCCAUGUUGAACAUCUAAUUGGAAGGGUGAAGGAGAACAAGAUAUUUAGCACGGUAAUCCCUCUUUCACUUACUGGCAGCGUCAAUCAACUGUACUCUGUUGCCUGUCAUUUGGUCAACUACCAAAACGGAUCCUUAGUUAAGAACUGGCCAGACACUGACUAGAUGAAUUAUAGAAAUGGAUGGUCUAUAAGUGUAUUAAGCUACUCUCAUCACUUGAAAUUAACCAGUUUUUGUUUUUUCAGUUCAGAAAAAGCCUUUUUCAUUUUUCACUGUACAUAAUUUGACAAUUUUCACUUAUAAAUUGUGUAAAAAUUCUGAAAAAAGACUUUAUUUAGAUGACCUGAAUUAAAAAUCCAUGUUUGUGUCAUCGUUCGUGAGGGCUUUGCAAUAUGACGAUAUUGCAUGGACAAAAUAAAAAAAAACUCAGUUGUUUCAUA